UCAUCCGACGAGUAGAACGUUCUAGAACAUUCCCUGAUCGAUUCACGUUUGCCGGCUCUACGAAUCGCGUGUGCUGUGCCAAGCAUUCCGUCGGCUUACCUGGUUAUCAAUUCAUUCUUUUUUCGACCGCGUUCAAAGUACCGCGAAUUGUUCAAAAGCUGUUCGUUUUUUUUUUUUUUGUGUUUCUCAUAAACGACGCGCACACACCUACCGAUCGACACAUCCACGUGAUAAUUCCUUACCUAACAAUUUCCACUAGUCAAUGGCAGCAAUGUCCGUAAUAGGUAUAGACUUCGGAAAUGAAUCGUGUUAUGUGGCCGUGGCCCGUGCCGGCGGCAUCGAAACGAUCGCCAACGAUUACAGUCUGCGAGCAACACCGUCGUGCGUGGCCUUCAGUCCCAGGAACCGCAUCAUCGGUGUGGCCGCCAAGAAUCAAAUGGUCACCAACAUGAAGAACACCGUGUACGGUUUCAAGCGAUUGCUAGGCCGGUCCAUUGACGACCCGUUCGUCAAACAAGAGCUCAAGCACCUGCAGUUCGGCGUGGUCAAGUGCGACAACAACAAGAUAGGUAUUAACGUCAACUAUCUUAAUGAACAACAGACAUUCAGCGUGGAGCAGAUCACUGGCAUGUUACUGACCAAACUCAAAGAGAUAUCUGAGUUAUCGCUCAAGACCAAGGUAAACGAUUGUGUCAUUUCAGUUCCUUCUUAUUUUACAAAUGCUGAGCGCAAGGCACUGCUUGACUCUGCGUCCAUUGCUGGACUCAACGUCCUGCGCCUGUUCAACGAAACCUCUGCAACAGCACUGUCCUAUGGUAUCUACAAACAAGAUCUUCCUAAUCCCGAAGAAAAGCCACGUAAUGUUGUAUUUGUUGACUGCGGAUACACUUCCCUUCAAGUUUUCAUAUGUGCAUUUAACAAAGGCAAGCUGAAAAUGUUGGCCAGUACAUUUGACUCUCAAUUGGGUGGUAGAGAAUUUGAUUAUAUUCUAGCCGAACAUUUCAGUAAAGACUUCAAGUCCCGUUAUAAUAUUGAUCCAAGAACUAAUGCCAGGGCUUUUUUGAGAUUAUUAACAGAAGUCGAAAAGAUAAAGAAACAGAUGUCUGCUAAUUCCACCAAAUUACCAAUGAACAUUGAGUGUUUCAUGGAUGACAAAGAUGUGCAUGCGGAUAUUAAAAGAUCAGAAUUUGAAGAACUAGCCAUGCAUUUGUUCAAUAGAGUUGAGACCACAUUAGAACAGUGCCUUAAGGAUUCCAAGCUGAGUAAAGAUGACAUUUAUUCUGUGGAAAUUGUUGGAGGCUCCAGUCGUAUUCCAUACAUUAAGAACCUAAUAGAAAAAAUUUUUGGCAAAACACCUAGUACUACUUUGAACCAAGAUGAAGCUGUGGCGCGAGGAUGUGCUUUACAAUGUGCAAUGCUUUCACCAGCUGUACGAGUAAGAGAUUUCAGUGUUACUGAUAUUCAAAGUUUUCCUAUUGAACUCUUAUGGGAUCCAGCUGAUAACUCUGAUGAAGGCCGUGCAGAAGUUUUCCCCAAAAAUCAUGCUGUUCCUUUUUCAAAAAUGUUGUCAUUCUAUAGAUUAGCUCCAUUUACUGUAAAAGCUCAUUACUCUGGUCCUAUUCCUUAUGCAGAUAGUUAUAUUGGUCAAUUCACUGUUCGUGAUGUCAAACCUACAGCUGAUGGGGCUAGUCAAAAAGUCAAAGUAAAAGCCAGGAUUAAUUUACAUGGUAUAUUUAGCAUAAGUAGUGCUACACUUUUAGAGAAAGCUGAAUUACUGGAAGAAACUCCACCUUCUGAACCUAUGGAACCAAAUGAGAACGAGCCCCAGCCAACUGAACCUGAAGAGAAGAAAGAAGAAAAGAAAAAAUCUGUUACAAAAACCAUUGAUUUGCGUAUUGAAUCUUUGACUCAUGGAUAUUCGACUAUGGAUUUAAAUAAUUAUAUUGAGCAAGAAGGUAAAAUGGUUGCAUCUGAUCGUCAAGAAAAAGAAAGAAUUGAUGUUCGUAAUAGCCUUGAAGAAUACAUUUAUGACAUGAGAAGUAGAGUUUCUAGUGAAGAGGAUUUAGCUUCCUAUAUAGUUGAUGCUGAUAAACAAAAAAUUGUUCAACAAUUGGAAGAACUGGAAACUUGGUUAUACGAAGAAGGUGAAGAAUGUAUUAAAAAUAUUUACUCAGAGAAAUUGGAUUUGUUAAAAAUGGUUGGUGAACCCAUCAAGAGACGUAAAGUAGAGUAUACAACUUUCCCAUCUAUUAAAGAUCAAGCUGUCCAAUUAAUUUCAAAAGCUGAAAGAGAUAUUGAUGCAUUUCACAAAGGAAGUGAGCAGUUCAACCACUUAGACAGCGCUGAAGUUGAUAAGUUGGCUGAAACUCUUAAUAAUGCUAAAAGUUGGUUGGAAGAAAAGACAGCCAAAGUAAUUGCAUCUCCAUUAUACAAAGACAUUCCGAUCAAGUUAGAUGAAUUUGUUAGAGAGAAACAUAGUAUAGAAGAAAGUAUAAACAAAGUUUUAUACAAACCAAAGCCUGCACCACCUAAAGUGGAACCCCCACCACCAAAGGAAGAAGAAAAAAAAGAACCUGAACCAAUGGAAACUGAACAACCAGUUGAAAAUGGUAAAGACGCUUAAGAAUGUUACUUUUAACACUUUUUUUUUUUCUAUUGUUUAAUAUGUUUAAUUUUUUUUAUUUCAAAACUAUGCCACCUUUAUAUUUA